AUGAGUAUACCACUGGUUCCAAACAAGUCGUGCUACAAUUUAUUGCAGGGCAACAGAAACGAGAUGAAGAAUAACAACGAACACCUGAUGACUGUUGGAGACACAAACGCCAACCAAAUAACAUCUGAGGUUAGAGGGGACAUAAGGACCAAUGAUUUGUCAGGGGAACCUAGAUGUCUGAACACUGGUGGGCCAGAAAGUAUCAAGCAAUUAAAUUCAGAGAGGAACAGACUUCAGGGUACUACUGGUCUAUCGGAGUUUAGGCUGCCUUCUACCACCAGCAGGGAAUCAUAUAAGGAUUACAGGACUGAUGGGAUUAAGGACACUUCAAGGCUACUCCCUAUUAGCCGGGGCCACAGUCUGUCCAAUCUGAGGGUUAAUACAAAUGAUACCUUUUCAGUGGUUCUUUCAAAAAGCGACGCUGAUCUCAUUCAGCAUGUUUCAAAGGAUAAAACACCUCGAAGGAUUGAACCAGAAGGGAUCAAACGCCUUUCCUUGGGGAGAUCACGGAAACUUAUGUCUAAAACAGAAGGCUUUGGAAAAGAAUUUGUAGGCCGUGUAUCAGGUAAGCGCUUGCUUUCCGCAUCCUUGGAUUCCAUCGAUACCUCACACCAUUUGCUUGGGGAAAAUGAGAAAUCUCCGAAAACAUCCACAGACCAUUUUUUGGGCAUGGUGUUUCAGCCAGCUGAUAGCUCCUCAGAGAGAAAUAUUGUGUGUUAUUCUAAACAUUCAUCUACCUCAGAAACUAACAAAAUAAAUGUUCCAGUGAAACAGCCAGGUGUGGACAGUGUCCCAAACCUCCAUGAUCGGAGCUCUCCACACCCUGCUCCUGUUAAAUCCAAUGAAGUGUGUAGAUCAGAAGCACAAUUAGAACAUCAGGGCGAUAAGAGAGGAAAGGCAGAGUCCAGAAGCCCUCUGUCGUCACAGCGCAGAAGUGUGUGUCAGCAAAAAAAUGACAGGGUUAUGCUGGUUGACUCUCUUGGAGGUCACACAGAGGAAAAUAAUAUUGCAGUGCAGAAUAAAAAGAAUUAUGGGCCUGAAGUACAUAGAGCAAAGUCACCCCAGUUGCAGGAGCCAGGUAACAAAGGAAAAGAUCCACAUUUAAAUGAGGGGUUGGACUCUUUCAGUAACAGACCAGUAAGUAGCAGUAAUUUUGCAGGUUUUGGAAGAGGAAGCAGUCCUAGUGACAACAGGGCAAAAUCACAAGUAAAUGAGGAAGGUAUGGCUGGAGAACAGAAUGAUUUUGUACUGUCUGCUGCUGACGAAUGUAGUAGCCAGCUGACACCUACAAGGAGCAAAAACCAACUCAGUGCUGAUGUAAGUUGCAUCCAAGCAGCCGGUGAACACAUGCCUCUUGGUCAUCACACUGAAUCGCCAGACAGCAAAGAUUUGCACAGUCCUGAAAGUAAACAGCUGCUCGUAAAAGGCCAUGGUGAAAAUGCUGCAUUGCUCACCUCAGAUCAUCUGGAACAUCCAAAAGCACUUGGUGCAGAAAAUGAGCUGGAUGAUCACACCAGCAUCCAAGAGUGUGAUUUAGAGGUGACAAGGUUUUCAGUUCAAAGCAAGAAGAUGGUUGUUGCAAAGAAACUGGUUGCAAGUGACACAUCGGAGGGCUAUAAAAUAUCAGGAAGAACAGAGACCUUUCUAUGUGCCCCAACUCCUUUGCGCCCUGUGGCGAUGGUGAACAUUACCCCCACCACCACAUCAAGCAGCAAUCUGAAGGAUCUCUAUGCGUUUCAGGUUGACAAGCUGCCCUCCUCUGCAGUCCUACCUCCCAUGGACAAUGCACAGUUGCUAAGCCUAUCCCCCAAAGUGCCUAACAAGACUGCCUGUAACAGUGGCAUCCCCAAGCCUAUCCUUGUACAUGCCAAGGGCUCCCACCCAGCCACAGAUGAUGGAGAGAACAAUUGCACUGAGAAGCCUGAAGACAAGACCGAAACGAAACUGGACAUCCCCAAGCCCAAACAUGUCAGGCCAAAAAUAAUCACGUACAUCAGAAGAAACCCCCAGACGAUAAGCCAGCUUGACCACACCUUUGCCCCAGCUGGAUUACCCUACGUCGCUCCUGCUUGCAGUGUGCCAAUGGCGACGGAGCAGAAGACUUCGAACGAUGGAGAUAUGAAGCCUAGCAGCGUGCUGUAUGACAAGUUGAAACCUGACUUACAGAAACCUCGCAUUUACAGCUCUGGACUUGUGGUGUCCGGCAUUAAAUCCUCGGCUCAUCAUUUUGGUCCAAUGGGCGAGAAGUUUCUUCAGGAGGUUGGGGAAAGGCCUGUGAAAGAAGAAUUUUGUCCUCCACCAUAUACUCACUAUGAGGUGCCUCCAAGCUUUUACCGGUCUGCAAUGAUACUGAAACCCCAGUUAGGACUGGGUGCAGUUUCCAGGUUACCGUCUGCAAAAAGCAGGAUUUUGAUUGCAAGUCAAAGGUCCUCAGCAAGCUGCAUCCAUCCACAAGGAUCAAUUACCAGUUCUCCUGCACUUUUCCAUCCUGAUGCUCCUGCUGAUAUUAAAAAAGGCUCGAAUCCAAAUGCCACAAAGUCAAAUCUUCCUAAACCAUGUCAGUCUGGACUCCGGCCUCCUGGAUAUUCGCGACUGCCAGCUGCUAAAUUGGCAGCGUUUGGUUUUGUCCGCAGCUCCAGCGUCUCCUCAAUCUCAAGCAACCAAUCCAAUGACAGUGCCCAGAGUGAUCAAAGCAGGACUGCCAACCGCUCAAACUUUGGAAAUGAAGAGCAAAUCACUCCUAAGGCGGCUGAGCCUUCUAAAGAAGCACCCAAGGGGACCAGUAGGACUCCACCGCAGGCAUCAACUAGCACAGCAGCUGCCCGCCGGAGUUUACUUCCAGCUCCAAAGACUGCUGCAGCACCUGCUGGCUCGAAGAAAGAAGUACAGAAAGAUCAAGAUACUAGCAGACCCACAAUUUCAUCCCCUAAGAGACUGGUUGUAUCAGCAACUAAGCUACAUUCGCCAGGAUACCCAAAACAAAGGUCAUCUGUUCCAAGGAAUGGAUUUUCUCCAAAGCCAGAUCUGCAGACUCGAGAAGCUGAGCGGCAGUUUAUCCAGCAAAUGAAGGAAAAGUGUAACGAACAGGCCAGGAAACUCAGCUGUAUGCAAGAGGAACUUAAGAGGACAAGCUACGGCUUUGAUGUCUUUGUUAUAACAACCCAGUAUUUCUUUCAGAAGAACGAAAGUGCCCUUGUGAAGGAAAAGGAGCUCUCGACAGAGCUUGCAAACAUCAAAGAUGAAGUUGUUCUCAAUGCAGCGAGAUAUGAGAAAUUACAAAAAGAGAAGGAGGAGCUGGAGAAAAAGUUUGAGGGGAAGCUGAGGAAGCUUGGCUGGGAACAGAAGGAGGAGCUCCAAGCGCUCGAAGAGCGGCUGCGGACACAGUAUGCUGCCGAAAUGGAGCAGCUGCAAGAGGACCACAGCACCCAGCUCACCAGCAUGAAGAGUCAACACCAAGAGCAGGUAGACGACAUUGCAGCAACUCAGGAAGCGACAGUGUUAGAGAUGGAAAAUAAUCACACCAUUGCUCUCUCGGUGCUUCAGGAUGAAUAUGAGUGCAAAGUCCAAGAACUGAAGACUAUGCAUGAGUUGGAAAAGAGAGAACUUGAAGAGAGCUUUGAGAAGUUGCGUUUGUCACUCCAGGACCAGGUAGAUACCCUCACUUUCCAAAGCCAGUCUCUGAAGGACAAGGCAAAACGAUUUGAAGAGGCAUUAAAGAAAAACACUGAAGAACAACUGGAGGUCGCACUGGCUCCGUACCAGCAUUUAGAGGAAGACAUGAGAAGCCUGAAGCAGGUUUUGGAGAUGAAGAAUCAGCUCAUCCAUCAGCAGGAAAAGAGGAUCAUGGAGCUAGAAAGACUGGCCGAAAAGAACUUAAUACUGGAAGAAAAAAUCCAGGUGCUUCAACAGCAAAAUGAAGACCUCAGAGUCAGGAUUGAUCAGAACACUGUGGUGACCAGGCAGUUGUCCGAAGAAAAUGCCAAUCUCCAAGAAUAUGUUGAGAAGGAAAGCAAGGAGAAAAAGAGGCUGAGCAGGACUAAUGAAGAGCUGCUGUGGAAACUUCAGACAUCAGAACCCAUGAGCCCCGUUAAAUUGUCUCCAACUUCUCCUACACACAUCUACCGCUCUUCCUCAGGACCUCCAACCCCUGCAAAAGUCAGCAUCGUGCCAAGAUGACAACCAAAUCCAGCAGUUUCAGAGGAAUUGUCCCUGACAAUAUCCCAAUCAACUGAAUGUUUUCAUGCAAGAAAGUAUUAAUCACAGUAAAAGUAGGUACCUGGGAACUGAUAAUAGACCAACAUGUUCUCUACUGCAUAUGACUAGGCAGUCUGCUCUUGUGGUUUCAGCAUCAGAAGCUCUAGCAGCACCAUAAAAUAACGUAAUCUAGUGUA